AAAACGCUUUAAAAACAUACUGAAUGAUGCAGACAUUUCAGAGGAAGAUUACCAACACGCCGAAAAAGUGUGGAGAGAGUUUAAAAUAAAGAAUCUUGGAGAGUAUCACGAUCUUUACGUCAAAUCUGAUGUUUUGCUUUUGGCUGAUGUCUUCGAAAACUUUAGAAAUACAUGCAAAGACCAAUAUUCAUUGGAUCCAGCUUAUUUUUACGGCCUCUCGGGGCUAUCUUGGCAGGCAGCUCUCAAACAGACUAAACCUAACCUAGAUUUGCUCACUGACAGAGAGAUGUACUUGAUGAUAGAGAGUGGUAUCAGGGGUGGAGUUGCUAUGAUAUCUCAUCGUUUUGCCACAGCUAAUAAUCCACGACUACCUGAUUAUGACGCGACAAAACCUAAAACGUACGUAAUCUACUUAGAUGCCAACAAUUUGUACGGCUGGGCCAUGUCGCAAUACUUACCAACUGGAGAGUUCACCUGGCUGACUCCUGAAGAAAUAGAAGAUUUCAAAAUAGAUGAUGUACAAAUAGAUGCAGAGACUGGCUACAUCCUGGAAGUGGAUCUCGAAUAUCCAAAAGAAUUGCAUGACGACCAUAAUGACUAUCCACUCGCUCCAGAUAAGAUUGAAAUAACAGAUGACAUGUUAUCCCCA